GAGGAGCACGGAAAUAUGAGGUCACUGAGCACUUCCACAUGGCGGCUGGCACAGGACCAAACUCGAGACACGCAACUCAUCACAGUUGAUGAAAAAUUGGAUAUCACUACUUUAACUGGUGUUCCAGAUGAGCACAUCAAAACCAGAAAAGUUCACAUUUUUGUUCCAGCACGUAAUGCAAUGCAGUCAGGAGCUAACAAUACAAAGAAAUGGAAGAUGGAAUUUGAUAACAGGGAGCGCUGGGAGAACCCUUUAAUGGGCUGGGCAUCUACAGCUGAUCCUUUAUCCAACAUGGUUCUUACUUUCUCUACUAAAGAAGAUGCCAUUGCUUUUGCCGAAAAAAAUGGCUGGAGUUAUGAUGUUGAAGAGAAGAAGAUGACAAAACCUAAAUCCAAGUCUUAUGGUGCAAAUUUUUCUUGGAACAAAAGAACAAGAGUGUCUACAAAAUAGGUUGGCAUUGGCUGUGUGACUGUGAAUAAAGUCAGCUGUGCUGUAUUUAUAGUUCAUGUAUAAUACAUCUCUUAAUCUCCUAAUAAAUUUGACCUUUAAACUACA